AUAAACUCCCACUGCUUUCAGAGGACCAAAACACAUGUAUGUUGGGACGGAGAAAUGAAUGAAAAUACAAAAAUGUCAUCGGGUUGACUGGUUUUCGUAAACGUGCAGUUUGUAAGUUGAAGUAUCAAGUUGGAAGAAUCGAAGAGAAAAGGACGACUUGCAGGACGGCCAAUGGGUCUUUUUGACAAACUAGCGGGUUGGUUGGGGCUGAAGAAGAAGGAGGUGAAUGUUCUGUGUCUCGGACUUGACAACAGCGGCAAGACCACCAUCAUCAACCAACUCAAGCCGACUAAUGCCCAGACACAAGACAUUGUCCCCACCAUUGGAUUCAGCAUAGAAAAGUUCAAGACGUCAAGUCUGUCCUUUACAGUAUUUGACAUGUCAGGCCAAGGACGCUACAGGAACCUCUGGGAGCACUACUACAAGGAAGGUCAGGCCAUCAUCUUUGUGGUGGACAGCGGAGACAAGCUGAGGAUGGUGGUGGCUAAAGAGGAACUGGACACCCUCCUCAGCCACCCAGACAUCAAGCACAGACGCAUCCCUCUCCUGUUCUUUGCCAACAAGAUGGACGUCCGGGACGCCCUGUCUUCAGUCAAGGUGUCCCAGCUCCUCUGUCUGGAGAACAUCAAGGACAAACCCUGGCACAUCUGUGCCAGUGAUGCUGUCAAAGGAGAAGGGUUACAAGAAGGAGUUGAUUGGCUCCAAGAACAAAUUUCACUAUCAAAUCAGAACGAUGAAAACAUGAAGUGAGAUAAACAUGACGGGGGAAAUGCCACUGUCAGCAGCAACGGCAGGGUAACCACGACAACGGCUCUGGAGUACCCCUGGUGCUGACCCCCUGUGGUGUGACCCUCACCACACACACACACACACACACACCACCGCAAAGGAGUUGGAGCCAGUUAUCACCUUUAAACAUCAACCAGUACAGAAGACAGCUUCGCUUUAGAAACAGAUCAUGUGGUCAUUAGAAUUCUGAUUUAUUGCCUCACACACACACACACACACUACCCUAAAUCCCAUGUAAGGUUACAUUGUUUUGAUUUUGACUGGCAAGCUACAGUAAUGCCUUACUAAGUGUUUUCAAUGCACUAGCAAAAUAUUUCUGUCAUAAUUGGUUCUCUUGCUAGUGAAUUAUAAAUAUAACCUAAGCUCAUAUUAGCUGUAAAUCGCCCAGGUAUUACUAAAUUCAACCUUAUAUCAGAACUAGGAGCAUACAGUACAUUUGUAGAGUUGUCAUCUAUAGAUGUUUUUAAAGAGAUAUUUAUUUGUACAGACCAGGACAGUAGCGGCCUGCCUGAGUUGGGCUGGUCGGAUCACCAGUGGUUCCUCCUUGGAAAAGAUAAGGGAAGCCAUAUUCUUUACAUGUAAUGUAGAAGUUCUCCUGGUGAUUUUAAAAAGAAUGUAACAUUUUGCUAUGUUGUUUUUAUUGAUCCGCCAACUGUACAAUGUUACAAGAAUAAAGAAAUGUAGUCUCUCUCCA